CUGGCGGAUAAUGCUUGUAUUGUAGUUCAAGGUUCAGGCAAUGAUGACUUUGAUGUGGGUCCUUUUGACAGCCAAGCUGGCCAGUUACCCCAAGGGCCAAGGCACGCACAUGACAACGACGUCAAACUGUCAACUUCACCCUCGAACGCGCCUUCAGAGAGGCCACUUCCACUCGUUUUCUCAAUCUCUGAAGAAGAGUGACUCGUAUUGCGCAUGGCAUUUGCGAGUGCUCGACCACCAUGUCUCAGUUCCUGUCCUUCAUAGGCUGGAGCUUCCUCCCCAACAUUGUCACAGGCUGGGUCCAGACCAUCUACUACGGCCUCACCAUCCGCGCCGGCGAUCCGAAACCUGCCCCGGGGAGCGCCCGCUACGCCUCGCACCGCCGCGUCAUCCAUAUCCUCGUCGUCACCGCAUACCUCCUCUACACCAUCUACGAAGCCGACUACGACAUCCGCCGCACCUCGCACUUCUACGCGGACCUGGGCGUAGGCCCCGAUGUGCCCGAGCGCGAGAUCAAGUCUCGCUUCCGACGUGUCGCCGCGCAGCAUCACCCCGACAAGUCUGGCGCCGUCGACGGGGCCGACUACUUCAUCCACCUCAAGCUCGCGAGCGAGACCCUGCAAGAUGCUGCUAAGCGCUUCGCCUACGAGCGCUUCGGCAUGGAGGUUAUGAACUGGUCCAAGUGCAAGUCCAUACGGGAUUACAUCACGCGAGGCGUUCUGCAGGGUAUCUUGCCUCACUACGGUGUCGCGGCCGCGACCAUCUACGUCGUCGGGCUCUUUGGCUACAUGGACUUUGGAAAGUUCUACCGGUGGUUGAUCCUCAUUGCGCUCUGCACAUUUGAGAUCGCCGCCGUGACGCGGCCUCAUUUCCCGCCUGUGCUUGACGCGAUCAACAGCAUCCUGACGACCGUGUCAUCGCAUCCUCCUCUGCUGCCGUUCCAGGCCAUCAUCCUCGCGCGCAAGCUCACGAUCACGGUAUACAUUGCGCUCUCGCAAAUCGGCCCUCUACUCGCCCUGCACAUCAACGACGGCCGGCCGGACACGUCUGCCUUGGAUGACGAGAAGGCCCUGGACCAGGGCCUAGACAGACUAGACGCAUUGGCAAAGAGCAUUGAUAAGGACACCUUGAGGCUGAUGGAGAUGGAGACGGCGCCUUUCCACGGCAAUGACGAGGCGACAUCAAAUCUAAAGGGCAAGAUGCGGGAGUGGCUGGUCCAGAACACGAUCCGGGCCGAUCCCAUGGUGAGGGACGCGGUGGGCACGUCUUUCAGGCGCAGGAGGAUAGAUGCGCCAGCGGGUGCAAAGGGCAACCGCUGAGAUGAUAUUAUAAGAAAGCAUAGACAGUACCAGUGCCGUACAAGAGAAAUUGCCUGCUUUGACAAUAAUUCAUACCUGGACUCCAUGUCCUGUGAU